UUGAGGCCAGCUGAGUGGGGGGAUGAAGAUGGAGACAAGGAAAUCUACUUCUUCUUUACCGAGACUUCUCAAGCCUUUGACUCAAAGGAGCGCCUUAAAGUUCCUCGGGUGGCCCGUGUGUGUGCGGGGGACCAUGGGGGCCGGAGGAUGCUCCAGAAGAGGUGGACAACCUUUCUGAGGACUGACCUGCGGUGUCCAGGGUCUGUAGAUGGCCGGGCCUCUAGUGUCCUGCAGGACAUGGCUAUUCUUCGACCUGAGAAUGGAGUGGAGGCCCCCCUCUUUUAUGGCCUCUCUUCCUCCCAGUGGGAGGAGGCUUCCAUCUCGGCUGUCUGUGCCUUCCGACCACAAGACAUUCGGACAGUGCUGAAUGGUCCCUUCAGGGAGCUGAAAGAUGUCUGCAACAGGGGACAGCCUGUCAUGGAGAGUGAGGUACCCCAGCCCAGACCUGGAGAGUGCAUCGCUAAUAACCCGAAAUUCCAGCAGUUUAACUCAUCACUCUUCCUGCCUGACCGUGUGCUCACCUUCAUCCGGGAUCACCCCCUCAUGUACAGGCCAGUGCUUCCAGCUGAUGGCCACUCCCUGCUGGUCACUACAGAUACAGUCUAUCUCAGAGUUGUGGCCCACAGGGUGGCCAGCCUCUCAGGGAAAGAGUAUGAUGUGCUCUACCUGAGCUGGCUCCUGCUUGGCUCCCAUACUGAGGUAACACAAGUGAACACAACCAACUGUGGACGUCUCCAGAGCUGCUCAGAGUGCAUCCUGGCCCAAGACCCUGUCUGUGCCUGGAGUUUCCGGCUAGAUUCGUGUGUGGCCCAUGCUGGCGAGCAUGGAGGACUUAUUCAUGUUCCUGCCACUUUGCUGGACCUGCCCCGGACCAUGUGA